GGAAGUGAGUGAGAGUAGAGAGAAAAUAGCCAUAGCUCAUAGUUAGAAAGAGAGAAAAGAUUUGUGUAGUGCUGAAGUACUUUUGUUUGUGUAUUUUGUAAUCCUUUUGUGAGAAGCCUAUCAAUACUUAUCCUCCAUAUUUCAUCUUUAUUGAGUGCUCCUAUAUUUUGUAUGUCAAAUAUCCAACAAAUUUUACUAAACAACAAACCGCUUCUCAAAUCUAAACCCAGCAAACUGAGAAGUGCAGUAGAGAUAGAGAUAGAGAGAUGUGGAGAGCAUGGUUAAAGGGAGGAUCGAAACAAGUGUCUAAAUUUAGCACCAAAAAUGAGGCAAAAAAAGGGAGGUUUCCCCAUUCUGCAAGGCCACCCUGCUGCAGAGCAACAUGCUGAAGAAGUAGUUGAAUCACAACACAAUAUUCAAAAGAAUGUGAAAAAUAAGGAGGAGUUCAAGACAUACAAUUUCCUGCAAUAUCCGUUCCCUACCAUGUUUUAUCCUUUAGGAGUCAGAGUAAUUAUCCGUAUGGUUGCAGCACUGCUUCACGCGUAUCGCUGGAUAAGCGACAGUGUAUUUGGCAGUCGGGAUGAUUUUGGUGACGAGCGGCUGCAAGCACUGACGGAUAAGGAAGUUCGGCUGUAUCGGUGCAGGACUAUAAACAACUGCACAGCUACAUGCCCCAAGAGCCUAAAUCCGGCAAAUGCCAUCGGUUUGCUAGGCCGGCCGAGGAGUCCGACGAUAAAGAUCAGAUCGGGAGACUAUAUAUAUAGAGUGUAGAUGGUAAUUCUUCUUGCAUAUUGGAGAUGAAAGUGUAGAUGGUAAUUCUUCUUGCAUAUUGGAGAUGAUCAUGACGUUUCUAGUCGACCCUUAAGAGUUAAGGCGGUGCCCCCGAUCAAACAAAUUGGUUUACCUCAUGUUUUUAAGGUUUAAUAUAUUCCUAAUUUUUGUGUUUUACCUCAUCUUUUAUGCUUUACACUACUAAUAUUGGAAAAUUCCAAUAUUAGUACUUUGUUUUAGAGUGAUACUAAAUUGAAAUUUUGCAUAUAUUUCCAAAGGAAUUUUAGAUAUCAUGUAUAAGUACUAUCUAAGAAGUACUACCAAAUUAAAUUUAAUAAAUAGCU